AUGUCGGCCGUGUCUUCAACUGCCCCAAACUCGCAACAGGGUCAAAGCACCCGUCAAUCCACCAGACAGACGCGCACAAAUCCAUCUCGGACGUCCAAAACGGUUGGUCGGUCUUCGUUUGGUUUGGGUCGUGGACAAGCUGCAGAAGUUCCCUCGACUACCCCUGUUCCGCAUGGCUUCUACCCUGCGCUUACACACUUCACGGACGCGAUUACUGCUUUACCACGCGAAUUCCGCAGACACAACUCGCUGCUGAAGGAGGUUGACGCCAAAGCGUGGGCGCUGGAAGAAAACCUACUUCAGCUCCUGCAGGUUGCUUCUGAGUCGCAACCUGUGCCGCACCCGGCCCACCCCGCUCCGAUUGUUGCAGGCGUCGUACGCGAGGAUGUCUUGCCCAAGGACUUCGCCCAGCCUCCAGAGUCGCCUGACAGUAAGAAUCGUCGGCUCCUCUUCGAUCGUGUACGGCAAAGUCUGACCGAUCUGAUGAUGACCGCCGACGAGAAAAACCAUGUGAUUUCGAAUGCGAACGAGGAAUUGGACCGCCAGGUCAUCCGCUUGGAUACCGUUUUCCCUUACAUCGCAGGCGAGAUCAGCGACGAGGCUCGCUUGGGCAGUCUUACGCACUGGGCAUACUCAAAUAAGAGCGCAGCGAAGGCUGCGACGAAUGAACGUCCACGUCGUGAAGCCGUGUCUCAGCGACAAGAUUUAUCACACGUACUCCACGAGGCAGAAGCUGCGAGUCGAAGCGAGGCACGGCGGGAAGCUGUUAGGGCUCGCGCUCGAAGACCGAAUGCCGAUGCCGAUUACGAGGAGGGUCGUGCGCCCCGCAAGACCAAUACAGGAAAAGUCCGUGGAGAAAAUGCGACGGGGGAGACUGCUGCGCCCAAGCGACGCAAGGUCGAACGGCCUGCGCCUACAGAGGGAAGUACGCCCAUGGAGCGCUCAGCCAGUAACGCCGGUGGGCAGCGUGGGGCCAAUAAAGAAGGGGGUGAAAAGAAGAGGUCUCGCGCUCCGAACCCGAACGCAGCUACGGCUCGCAAGAAGACCGCUGUUACCUCGAACGCCGGCUCACCUGUUUUGGCUCCCUCGCCUCUCAUCGGUACUUUCAGCAACCAGGCACGUAGUGCUGCUAGCCCAGGACCUAAUACCACACGCCCUCAAUCAUCGAGAGCCCAGCAGACGGGUACUCAGACAAACAGCUCUCGACAGCGACCAACUUCAUCUGCUUCCACUCGCGUUAAUCAAUCCAACUCCACCAAACCUACGGAGUCGCGAUCUACUGCUGCCCGUGAGCUAGUUAAAAAUGAACCUGCAACCAUCGAAUCACGAGCUUCCGAGAACGAGUCCGCAGCUCGGCCGAAUACCUCGGCCACUAGCAAACGCGAAGAGGAUCGGCCCACGGAGGUUAUCGAGUCGCAACCCACAAAGACGCCUUCGACCGCCACGGCGACAGCAGCAGCGACGACAACGACAACGACGACAACGACAACGACAGCAACCACAACAAACAAGGGCCGGAGUUCCAAGACCUCCACUCCUCUCCUUUCCACGAUUGCCGAGCCUACUUCAUCUCGCUCAAGACCCAGCCGAGGACAGGAUUCAGCGCCUAAGCGCACGGCCAAGAAACCUCCAGUGCAGCCCGUCAUUCCAUCUGACGACGAAUCCUUGCAGGAGGGAGAUGACGAAGACGAAGAACAAGAGCCAAGAUACUGCUACUGCAACGAGGUUAGCUUUGGCGAAAUGGUGGCCUGUGACAACGAUAAUUGUCCACGGGAGUGGUUCCACUUGUCAUGUGUUGGAAUGACCAAACCCCCUGGAAAGAAUGGUCAGUUCUCUCUCACCCAGAAAUUCUCUUCCUCGUGUUCUCUGCGCGAGACUUGCCCCUUCUCGAUGAUACAAAGACUAACGCUCCUCCAGUUAAAUGGUAUUGCACUGAGUGUAAAGAGAACAUGCGACGAAGCCGCAACGGGCGAUGAAUUCGGCUGUUCUCUUGUAGCUAGAGAGUUGCUAUAA